AUGCAGUUCUCUACCGUUGCCCUUGCCGCUCUGGCAAUGUUCACUAGUGUCGACGCCGAGACCGUCCACGCUGUUCGCGUUGGCCAGAAUGGCACCAUCUUCUCGCCCAACAAGAUCACCGCUCGUACUGGCGACAUGGUUCAGUUCAUGUUCAUGGGUGGCAACCACACCGUUACCCAGUCGACCUUCGACGACCCUUGCCAGCCCAUCAGCAAGACCAUGAAGAACGUGACCGGAAUUCACUCUGGCUUCGUUCCUUUCGCCGCCAGCGCCGCGAUGGGUCAGGUCCCCGUCUACACCAUCCGCGUCAACAACACCAACCCCAUUUGGCUGUACUGCGCCACCGGCCCUCACUGCAAGAACGGCAUGGUCAUGGUCAUUAACGAGCCUACCAACCCCCAGCGUUCUCUGGCCGAGUACAAGAAGGCUGCCUCCCAGAUUACCGGUGCCGCUGGUGUUCCUGGCGGUGCUACCGGUGGACAGUCCGGCGCCACCCCCUCCAACAGCACUGGUGGAACCGGCGGUGGACGCACUGGCGGCACCGGCGGCACCGGCAGUGGUUCCGGUACUGGCAGCGGUUCCGGUUCUGGCAGCGGUGGCGCUACCCCCAGCCCUACCCCCAGCGGCUCUGCACCUAGCGCUUCUGGCAGCACCCCUCCCGUCCCUGCUGCCGGCUCCCUGGUCACCCCGAGCCUCAGCCUGCUUGCUGUCGCCGCCUUCUCUUAUCUCUUGUAA